AUGUCAUCUACAGCUAACACGGUAUAUGGGGGAGAUGAAAUAAAUGCCAUUGUAUUAGACAUUGGAUCUUUUGAUAUACGUAUAGGCUAUGCUGGUGAUGAUUUCCCCAAAAUCAUAACACCGUCCUAUUAUGGCCAAUUGGCUAAUGGCACCAAGGUGUUUGGAGAAGGUAUCAAUGUCAUACGCAAGGAUCCAUUCGAAGUUAAACCUAUAGUUGAAGACUCGUUAAUUGUUGAUUGGGAUGCUGCGUACGAACUAUUUUCUCAUUAUUUUAAACAAUUAAAAAUCGUCGACAAGGAACAACCUAUUUUAAUCACUGAGCCUAUAUGGAGUACUAAUGAGUAUAGGACUAAAUUGAUUGAGUUAAUUUAUGAAAAAUUUGAGUUCCCGGGGUUGUAUUUGGCAAAAGUACCGAGCUGUGUAAGUUUCCAACAGGGUAGAGCUAAUUGUUUGGUGGUUGAUCUAGGUCAUGAAAGUAUUAGUGUUACUCCAGUUGUUGAUGGAAUAUGUUUGAUCAAGAGCUCCUUGAAGGUUCCAUAUGCUGGUAAAUUCCUCAAUCUGAUAGUUGAAGAUUAUAUCGCCAAGGAAGGAAUUGCUGUUGAGCCUAGUUUGUUUAUAAAGAACAAAACGGCAACUACAUUCCCAGAGGAAAAAGAGGCAAAAUAUGAGUUAAAAGAUAAUGCAUCGAACGUUAGUGACCUGUUCAAACAGUAUCAAGUUGCGAGAAUAUGGCACGAGUUUAAGGAGUCAAUGUUGGAAGUGCCAUCACAAGAGGCCAAGAAACUACUUGCCACGGCAAAUUCCACCUCUUCUGAUUCUACAUCGACCAUUUCUGAGUUUGCGAAAAGAUCAUUUGAAUUACCAACAGGACAAUCAAUUGCUCUUGGACAAGAGCGUUAUGAAAUCGCUGAGACACUUUUUGAACCCAAUUUCUACAAAUUCCACAAUCCUGCUCUACAACCACCUCCAUCUAAUGGAGAAAUACCAGGGAUCGAAUUCAAUACCAUCAAUGAGUACCGACCAGUUAAACGUGCGCGCAAAAAUGAAGACGAUCUUGAUGGCGAGGGCAAAAAGAUUGAAGUGCGUGGUGUCGCUCAAUUGGUUUCACAAGUCAUAUCCAUAAUAGAUAUAGAUUUACGUGCUUCUUUGGCAAACAAUAUCAUUAUUACUGGUGGCACAUCAUUAAUAACUUCACUCACAGAGAGAUUGUAUCAUGAACUACUGAACAAUAACCCGGGGUUAAAAAUUAGAUUACAUGCAGUAGGAAACUCAUUGGAGAGGAUCAAUCAAUCUUGGAUUGGCGGUAGUGUAUUAUCUAGUUUGGGUACCUUUCAUCAAAUGUGGGUUAGUGAAAAGGAAUAUAAAGAAGAAGGAGCUGAACGGAUCUUGAAUCAACGAUUUAGAUAG